AUGAAGUCUGAUUUCAAGUUCUCUAAUCUGUUGGGUACUGUGUACAGACAGGGGAAUGUUCUCUUCUCGCAUGAUGGUACGCAAUUAUUGUCUCCGGUGGGUAAUAGAGUCUCAGUGUUCGAUCUAGUUAAUAACAAGUCUUUCACAUUUGAAUAUGAACACCGUAAAAAUGUGGCUACCUUGGAUUUGAAUAGACAAGGAUCUCUUUUGAUAUCUGUCGAUGAUGAUGGCCGUGCAAUUUUGGUGAAUUAUAGGACUAGAAAUGUGCUACAUCAUUUCAAUUUCAAAGAACAUUGUAAUAGUGUUAAGUUCAGUCCAGAUGGAAAACUCUUUGCCCUAGCGACUGGAAGAUUUUUGCAAAUAUGGAAGACCCCUGAGGCUACGGAAGAUCGUCAAUUUGCACCAUUUGUUCGUUACCGUAUCCAAGCUGGACAUUUUCAAGAUAUACUUUCCUUCACUUGGUCUCAGGAUUCGAGAUUUGUCAUUACUACUUCGAAGGAUCUCACUGCAAGGAUAUGGUCGAUUGACUCAGAGGAUAAGGAUUUGGCGUCAACGACUUUUGCAGGCCAUAGAGACUAUGUUUUGGGCGCAUUCUUCAGUGCCGAUCAAGAGCAAAUCUACACUGUCAGUAAAGAUGGUGCUUUAUUCAAAUGGGAGUUUACGCCGAGGGAUGAAGAAGAUGAGGAAGAUCUCUCAAAGUAUAGUUGGAGAAUCACACAAAAGCAUUUCUUUCAUAAUGAACAAAAUAAAGUCAAAUGUGUCACUUUUCAUCCAAAUUCCAGGAUUCUGGUCGUUGGAUUCAAUAACGGUGAGUUCCGCUUGUACGAGUUACCAGAUUUUACACUCAUUCAGCAACUUUCCAUGGGUCAAAAUCCAGUCAACACAGUCUCCAUUAAUUCGUCAGGUGAAUGGCUGGCAUUUGGGUCUAGUAAGCUAGGUCAGCUACUAGUCUAUGAGUGGCAGUCAGAGUCGUACAUCCUGAAGCAACAGGGCCAUUUUGAUUCGUUGAAUGCGUUGACUUAUUCACCAGACGGCUCGCGAGUGGUCACAGCAGCGGAAGAUGGUAAGAUCAAAGUUUGGGACGUCAUCUCGGGCUUCUGUCUUGUCACUUUGGAAGGCCAUACUUCCUCUGUAACGGCCGUACAGUUUGCAAAGAGAGGCCAAGUUCUUUUCUCAGCCUCUCUCGACGGUACAGUGAGAGCGUGGGACCUGAUAAGGUAUCGUAACUUCAGAGUCUUUACCGCGGCUGAGAGGAUACAGUUUAAUUGCCUGGCUGUAGAUCCAUCCGGCGAGUGCGUCUGCGCAGGUUCGGUCGAUAGCUUCGACAUUCACGUUUGGUCAGUGCAGACCUCUCAAUUGUUAGACACCUUAUCGGGACAUGAGGGACCAGUAUCAUGCCUUUCUUUCAGUCAGGAAAACAGUGUGUUGGCAUCAGCUUCCUGGGAUAAGACUAUUAGGAUAUGGUCCAUCUUCGGUAGAUCACAGCAAGUUGAGCCAAUCGACGUAUACUCAGACGUCCUAGCUCUAUCAACUAGACCGGAUGGUAAACAGGUUGCUGUAUCGACCCUCAAGGGUCAAAUAUCCAUAUUUGACAUCGAGGACGGUAAGCAAGUGGGUAAUAUCGACUGCAGAAAGGAUAUCAUCUCUGGUAGACACCUGGAAGAUAGAUUUACGGCUAAGAACUCGGAAAGAUCCAAGUUUUUCACAUCGAUCAACUACAGUUUCGAUGGAUUCGCUAUUGUAGCUGGUGGUAAUAAUAAUUCCAUAUGUCUCUAUGAUAUACCCAACGAGGUCCUACUGAAGAGGUUUGUCGUCUCGAGAAAUAUGACACUAAAUGGUACGAUGCAAUUCCUGAAUAGUGGUAGGUUGACAGAGGCAGGAUCUCUUGAUUUAAUUGACGAAGAUGGUGAGAACUCAGAUUUGGAGGACCGCAUAGAUAACACUCUACCCGGGUCCAGAAGAGGUGGUGACCUUUCGACUAGAAGAGUAAGACCGGAGAUCAGAGUCACCUCGAUUCAAUUCUCCCCAACUGCCAACGCAUUCGCAGCUGCAUCCACCGAGGGACUACUAGUUUACAGCGUGGACGAUGUCUUUGCAUUCGAUCCAUUCGACUUGGACGUUGAUAUCACACCACAAUCGACUUUGGAGGCCUUGAAGCAAAACGAGUAUCUCAAUGCAUUCGUUAUGGCAUUUAGACUGAACGAAGAAUACCUUAUUCAUAGAGUCUACGAAGCUACGCCAGUAACGGAAAUACAACUCGUCAGCAGUAAUCUGCCGGUCGUUUACCUCUCUCGUGUGCUAAAGUUCAUCGGAGACCUGGCGUUGGAGUCUCAGCACAUUGAGUUUAAUCUGCUUUGGAUCAACGCCCUUCUAUCGGCACAUGGUAGCCACAUCUACGCAAACAAGCAUAUUUUUGGCACGGCCAUCAGAUCAGUCCAACGAUUUAUUGGUAGAGUAGCGAAGGAUGUCGUAACUGCUGCCACAGAUAACAAAUAUGCAUACAAGUUUCUCACAACAACAGACGGAAAAGUCUUUGAAGAAGAACAGGGGGCCAAUAGCGAUGGCUUUGACAAUGUUGACGAAGGUUCGGAUGACGAAAUGUUGGUUGCCUCUGAUGAGGAAGCUUGGCAGGGAUUUGACCAAAAGGUUAACAAUCUGGCUUUGCAAGAGGAUGGCGAAGAAUCAGAUGAUGAUGAACUAAUAUAG